UAGAAAAUUGCAAUAAGUUAUAAGAAACCGAUUUUUAUAAAAUUGAAAUUAAGUAUCUCAGUUUCAUAGAAUUAAUUCAAACUGUCAUUCAACCUAUAAAUAUAUUACCGUAACGUAACAUCGAUACUCUCGCUAUAUAUAUAUAUAUAUAUAUAUAGGGGAUAUAUAUGUAUCUCUCAGUAUUAUUUAAAAAUUCUACUUUUAAAACUUUACUUUAGACGAUGUUACUCUACGAUCAAUUUAUUGAUACUAUGCUAUCUCUUUGAAAGAAAAUAUUGUUAUGUACUUGCACGAAAACGGUUUAAGCAACUGCUAGGAAUAUUUAAAAGAUUUGUUUCGGAAAUAUAUCUUUUUUUAUCUUAUUAUGUAAUGUUGAAAAUAUACAUUAAAAUCGUCAAUUCCAGCCAAGUCAAGCAAGUAAUUAUCUACGGAUUUUUAGAUAUAAUUAAUAAAAAUGAUACGUCAUCAACACACAUUAGUGAUUUUCCUAAUGUUAUCUCAUAUAAGUUGAUGACUCGAUUUCGGCAUCUAUUUAAUAUUCGUCUGUAUCCGUUUCAUUUCGAAUAUGAAUAUAUCGAAUAUAUCGACUUUAUCGAUUUCAUUAUAAUUUCGAUCGCCGAUACUUCUCACAUUUCAGUUGUUACAUAUUAUUUGUCUUUCCUUACACAUUAAAAAUUCAAAAUCUUUGUUCACAUAUAUCAAAAUCAAAUUAAAUCUGUCAUUUCAAGAAAUGGAAACAUGAAUUUGUCCAAUACAAGUAAAAUAAUUCAUUCCUUAAAUAGAAAUUUAUUCGGAGUAAUAUGAAGAAAUUGUCAAGGUUUGUAUCCUAAAUCCAUUACAAUAAAUUCUAAUAAAUUAUAAGAAACUAGUUUUUAUAAAAAAAUAAUAUUAGACAUACAAUAUAUAUAUUAGAAUAAAUUUUUAUUAAGUUUUAUUAAUUUUUAUUAACUUAUUCUAAUCAUCUUUUCUUUCUUGCAGCCAGAAACCUUAUCUUCGCCAGAAAUGGCGAUGAUACCAGUAAUAAAGUGUACAUCAAACGAACGAAUGCUCGGCAUGCAAUCGAUAAAUGACAGAAAGGAUGACGAGAAAUCGGAAAAGAAAUUGACGGUUCUCGAGUCGCACGGUUAUAUUCUCGGGAAGACCAUAGGGGCUGGAUCAUAUGCCACGGUCAAAAUCGCAAAGUCCAAUCGGCAUGAUUGUCAAGUGGCGGUGAAGAUAGUUUCGAAAUUCCAAGCGCCUGAAGACCACCUUACGAAAUUUCUACCUCGUGAGAUCGAAGUGGUCAAAGGAUUAAAACAUCCCAAUCUAAUUCGCUUCUUGCAAGCCAUAGAAACUACUCAUCGGGUGUACAUUAUCAUGGAAUAUGCACAGAAUGGCAGUUUGCUCGACAUAAUACGUCGCGAUAUUUACAUCGAUGAGCUGCGUAGCCGCAAGUGGUUCCGGCAACUCUUGGAAGCUAUUAAUUAUUGCCAUGAACAUGGCAUAGUACACAGAGAUAUAAAAUGUGAGAAUUUGCUUAUGGAUCAUUAUUUCAAUAUUAAAUUGUCGGACUUUGGAUUCGCGCGAGGCCAAAUGAAACCGAAGAAUGGUGAGUGUAUCCUCAGUACAACCUACUGUGGCAGUUAUGCUUACGCAUCACCCGAAAUUCUACGAGGUAUCCCAUACCAGCCUCAACUCUCCGACAUAUGGUCCAUGGGAGUGGUACUUUAUACUAUGGUGUACGGUCGGCUGCCGUUCGAUGAUUCGAAUCACGCGCAACUACUAAAGCAAGUACAAAACAGAGUGGCGUUCCAUAAACUUCCUAAAGUAUCUGAAUCAUGCCGAUCUCUCAUUAGCCGUAUAUUAGUACCCCAAUCGGUACGAUUGCGCAUCAACAAUAUAAGAAAUGAUGCCUGGCUAGAGACAUCCGUCGUCGCUCAAACAUCGAUUAGUGGCAGAUACAUUGGAAUAGUACCUGCAAUACCACCAAGUAAGGAAUCCAAAGUAUUUGAUGAACAUAUAAUAUCAAUUACUCCAGCAAUCUUUCAAAAAAAUGAGAAACCUGAAGACGCUACUGUUCAAGAUAACACGAAAAGACAGAUUUAAAAUGUGAAGCUAUAAAACUCACGUAAUAUUUUA